AUGGCAAAAACCAAAGGAGAAACGGGCUCCGGAAGCACCCAACCACCGAAAGGAAAGAGUACCAAACCCCCACCUCCGAAGCGGUCUACGAGGCGAACCACCUCGGAGAAGACUUCUACCAAAGUCACGGAAGACCCCUUGCUGACUAUUCAGUCCAAGGACAGAGGACGCACUGAAGUCCUACAACAAGAGAAACAAGAGGUCGCAAGAGCAGCCGCCGAGUCAAAACAACCGGAGAAGCCGAAAGAAGAGGAGCCUGAACUCACACCCCCAAUAAAGAAAUCGAAGAAAGCCCAGACGGGCAAGGCAACUCCAGCGCGAUCCAUUAUCGCACCACCACCUGUUCAAGCCCAACCUCAACCGCUUCCGAGGAUACGGAAGAAGAAGAAGAAGAAGAAGAAGAAGAAGAAGAACAAGAGAAGGCGGAAGAGGAGGAGGCUGAAGAAGGAGAGGGAGUUGAGGCCAUUCAAGAGGAGGAGGUGGAAGUCCCGACACCACAAAGCAAGAGGCCAAGAGUUAAAAGGAAGCUCGAUGUUGCGAAGCCUCCACUGCGCGUUAAGGCCAGACCAGCACCGGUAG